CUGUGUCCGCGAUAUCCUCUGACGUCACUAAGCUUGCAAACACGAGGCUACCCCAACGAGUCAGACGUCGAGAUCGGGCGCGUCACAGGCAAGUUGGGCAACGCUAUUGGCCACCAAAUCUGGCCUCGGCAGAUAAUAUGUGUAUCGAAGUACGUACUGGGUAAUGCCGGCCAAUAUGAUCCAAGCCACGGGGAGGAGGAAAGAAAGACCAGUCCGCUCUAUCUAUUCGGAAUUAGA